AUGUGGGCAUUGCACCGACAGUAUUAUGCACUCAGCUUUGACAUCAUUUUCUGUGAUGUGAGUGGCAACAGCCUGUAUGGGCGCAUCAACCGUGACUUUGAAAACAUAGCGACGGAUGGCAAUGUCCUCAUCAACUUGGCUCACAACUUCUUCUUUGGAGAUGGGGUGCUCUUUGCUGCCGGCUGCAAGGCCUGCCCCACCGAAGCCAGCGAGCCCAACAACUUGUAUAUAAGGGACACCUCUGCAUGGCAAAAUUAUGGUGGCAAGUGCGGCAAUCUUGCUCAAAGUUCAUCCGUGGCGAAGUCGGGCAAGACGGCGAGGGUGAGUCUGUCGGGCAACUGCCUAACCCUCACCCCAAGCAAGAAGUGCUCGCCCAACGCCGCCCAGCGCAGCAAGGCAGCCUGCCAGGCGUUUUGCAGCAUGACUGACCUUGGCCCGUGUGACGGCCAUGGGUCGUGUGUGCCGGCUGCCCCCGCCUCCCCCACCAACUUCACGUGCCUCUUGUCGUCUCUGUCAACGGGUGCCAUAGUUGGCAUUGUUCUGGGCUGCUUUGCUGGCUUCUCCCUGCUGGCCGCGGUGGUCGCAUGGCUGGUGUGGCCCCGCGGACCGAGUGAGAGCCCCUCAACCCUUCUUCACUUCCAUUCCAUCUCCCUCAUGCUCGCCUCUACUCUGCCCUCAUGCUCGCCUCUACUCUGCCCUCAUGCUCGCCUCUACUCUGCCCUCAUGCUCGCCUCUACUCUGCCCUCAUGCUCGCCUCUACUCUGCCCUCAUGCUCGCCUCUACUCUGCCCUCAUGCUCACCUGUACUCUGCCCUCAUGCUCGCCUCUACUCUGCCCUCAUGCUCGCCUCUACUCUACCCUCAUGCUCGCCUGUACUCUGCCCUCAUGCUCGCCUGUAUUAUUUUCUCAUGCUCGCCUGUACUCUGCCCUCAUGCUCGCCUCUACUCUGCCCUCAUGCUCGCCUGUACUCUGCCCUCAUGCUCGCCUGUACUCUGCCCUCAUGCUCGCCUCUACUCUGCCCUCAUGCUCGCCUCUACUCUACCCUCAUGCUCGCCUGUACUCUGCCCUCAUGCUCGCCUGUACUCUGCCCUCAUGCUCGCCUGUACUCUGCCCUCAUGCUCACCUCUACUCUGCCCUCAUGCUCGCCUCUACUCUGCCCUCAUGCUCGCCUGUACUCUGCCCUCAUGCUCGCCUCUACUCUGCCCUCAUGCUCGCCUCUACUCUGCCCUCAUGCUCGCUUGUAUUAUUUUCUCAUGCUCGCCUCUACUCUGCCCUCAUGCUCGCCUCUACUCUGCCCUCAUGCUCGCCUCUACUCUGCCCUCAUGCUCGCCUGUACUCUGCCCUCAUGCUCGCCUCUACUCUGCCCUCAUGCUCGCCUCUACUCUGCCCUCAUGCUCGACUGUACUCUGCCCUCAUGCUCGCCUCUACUUUGCCCUCAUGCUCGCCUCUACUCUGCCCUCAUGCUCACCUCUACUCUGCCCUCAUGCUCGCCUCUACUCUGCCCUCAUGCUCGCCUGUAUUAUUUUCUCAUGCUCGCCUCUACUCUGCCCUCAUGCUCGCCUCUACUCUGCCCUCAUGCUCGCCUCUACUCUGCCCUCAUGCUCGCCUCUACUCUGCCCUCAUGCUCGCCUGUAUUAUUUUCUCAUGCUCGCCUCUACUCUGCCCUCAUGCUCGCCUCUACUCUGCCCUCAUGCUCGCCAGUACUCUGCCCUCAUGCUCGCCUCUACUCUGCCCUCAUGCUCGCCUCUACUCUGCCCUCAUGCUCGCUUGUAUUAUUUUCUCAUGCUCGCCUCUACUCUGCCCUCAUGCUCGCCUCUACUCUGCCCUCAUGCUCGCCUCUACUCUGCCCUCAUGCUCGCCUGUACUCUGCCCUCAUGCUCGCCUCUACUCUGCCCUCAUGCUCGCCUCUACUCUGCCCUCAUGCUCGACUGUACUCUGCCCUCAUGCUCGCCUCUACUCUGCCCUCAUGCUCGCCUCUCCUCUGCCCUCAUGCUCACCUCUACUCUGCCCUCAUGCUCGCCUCUACUCUGCCCUCAUGCUCGCCUGUAUUAUUUUCUCAUGCUCGCCUCUACUCUGCCCUCAUGCUCGCCUCUACUCUGCCCUCAUGCUCGCCUCUACUCUGCCCUCAUGCUCGCCUCUACUCUGCCCUCAUGCUCGCCUGUAUUAUUUUCUCAUGCUCGCCUCUACUCUGCCCUCAUGCUCGCCUCUACUCUGCCCUCAUGCUCGCCUGUACUCUGCCCUCAUGCUCGCCUCUACUCUGCCCUCAUGCUCGCCUCUACUCUGCCCUCAUGCUCGCCUCUACUCUGCCCUCAUGCUCGUCUCUACUCUGCCCUCAUGCUCGUCUCUACUCUGCCCUCAUGCUCGCCUGUACUCUGCCCUCAUGCUCGCCU